UCCACUUUCUGCACGCUGUUGCCACCUCCACCUCUAGGUCAUACAGCCACAGUAACGCUCUGCUACGGCGCUCUAAGCAACUUCUGCUGAACAAGGCCAACAAUGAAAGGAGAAAGGAGGAGCAACAGAGUAGUGUAGAAACUUCUGGGGAAAAAAGACAGGUCUUUGGACAAGACAAGAGAAAGAACAUCUCUCAUGACCUGAGCAAAGUGGCAGGAGUAUCUGUAGACUCCAUAUUUACCCAAAAAGAGACACUAAGAUGGUGGGCAGCAUCUGCUGAGGAAAAGACAAUGAACCAGGAGCUUGCCAGGCGAAUUCGACUCAUCUCCGACACCUGGGUCUCUGACACUGUGGAGAACCAAGAAAAAGAAAUUGCCUUUAAUUCUAGAUUAAGCACUAAAGGAAACUAUUCAUUUACCAGGAAAUCAAAACAUUCCUCAGUGGUUCGAACACUGUUUGAUUGCCCCCCUAACAAACCAAGGUCUUGUAGCAUGCAGCAGCUCUGCUCCUGGUUUAUGCAGACCACGGAGACACAGUCUCUGGCUAUUGUCAAGAAGGCAAGUUCCCGUAAUCCUUACGAACUUAGGCACUUCCCUCGUUCUGCCAAUAAAAAAAGUGUUUGCCACAGUCCUCAGGCAGAGCGACUCCGCAAACAUAUCAAGAAGUUUGCCAAAACUGUGCCAAAAAGUCCUUUGCAACAUCAACAGGCUCAAAGAAGAUUGAAGAGGAAGAAUAAGGCACCUCUACCAACACAUAAUAUUAGGCGACAACUUUUCACCCCCAGGUUUGCAACAGGCCAGCUGAAUCAAGGAGUCCAAUGGCGGCGAAGCAGAGCAUUUAGAAGAUACCAGGCCACUCUAUUUAGAGCAAGGACAAGGUUCUUAACCCGGAAAGAAAGGGAGAGGUGGCAACAGAGACAGAGGAAUAAGAAAAACAUAAAAGUAACUACAAGUUCUUCAAAUGGACAUGCAACUGGACUACAACCAAAACGAAAAGCAUUACUUAGAUCAGCAAAAGAUCAGUUAUCUGACUGUUUGGAGAACAGUUCUGCCACCAGUUCUGUUGACCAAACUCAGGAGCCUGUGGAUGUACCCAAAGAGCAGAACCUCUGCUCGAAAGCCUGGAGUCCUGAGACACUGAAGGAAUGCCGGGUGUUUCUGAGGAAGAUCAACUCUCCAGACAAUGAAUCGACUGAGGAAGAGUGGGACUCCUGUACUGUGACACUGGAUGAUGGGUCACCCUCUGCAUACCUAUAUGCAGGAAGGGAGAGAGAACUGGUAGGAGUUGUUAAAGCUGUGAAAACUGAAAGAAAAAGGAGCAUGAAUAGGAGGUCUACCUCCAGAGAGCUGGCAGGUUCUGCACCUAAAUCAGUCCAGGAGCAGGAUGAGAUGCCAGUGGGGAGGCAGAAAGGCAAAUACAAAAGUCCUGGGGUUGUGUCUACUGAACCACCACAACCACCACCAGCGAAAAUGUUGAGACAAUCGCGAAUGAGGGGCCUGACCGGGCCGAGAUGGUGUGACUUUGUGUUUGAGAACUAAAUGAAGCAUGAAGCCUCCUCCUUCCUGGGAAAGGGACUGUGGUUUAACGUGGUGCCUUUGGACAUUGAGCUGACCACGUGGACUGACCAUCCCACUAUGGUUCAGUCUUACACUCAGCAAUUAUGUAGCAGUCUAACUUAACAAAAGCUUGAUGUUGCACUAUUUUUAUCCAUGGAUAUGUAUGUACAGAAUGUUUGAUUUUUUUUUUU